AUGGCACCUAAGAGGAAAGCCCGCAACAACAAAGCAAAGAAAAACCAGGAAGAGAACCCUCGCCCGCCAACCACGAUCCCCUGCCUGAAGUGCGGCGAAGCCAUAACGGUACCUAGGGCUUGCAAGCACGGCAAGAAACUCAUCAACUGUCAAGGCACAGGUUGCACUACAGCGCACAUCGAAGAACACAAUGCUCACUGCAUCCCCGCCACAAUCUCAGCUCCGAAGAGACCAAAAGCGCCGAGGGGAUUAGCGCCAGAAGAAAGAAUCAACUUGGAUGAUGUUGGAAUCGCGCCGCCUGCGCUUGGUGGUUCCUAUAGGAGCGCGAUAGACGCAGCUUACCGAGAGAACGACCGACUAGCCAAACGACGCGCCGAGACCCUUGCCUCCAUGACGCCAGAACGCCUCCAUGCUAUGGGUGCACUUACUGUCCAGCUCAACGCGGCCGUCAAGUCUCGGGGAGGAAAGCCCGCGCGAUAUCUUGAGGGCGUUCCGUUCACGGAAUGGUUUUCGAAGCUAGAGAAGGGUCCAUACGACAAUAUCAAUGAGUGGACGGAGAGGUUGAAGGCUAUGGUUGGAGGCAGCAAGACAGCCGAGGAGAUCGGAUAUGAUGAUGAGGAGAGCGAGAAUGAGGAAGAUGCGUGCCCGACUCCACAGGCCGAGGACGAGGGAGACGUCUCUGCGGCAACCCAGACAGAGGACUGA